AUGGACAAGUUCCAGAAAUUAAGCUCAGUUGGACAAGAUGACAACGAUGUACUGGUCCACAAUCUAUCCUCCAAAGAGUUUAAGCCAGAGCAGAUUCAAGUGCUGAAGCAUGCUGCCGGAUUCAACAUCUCGGACGCCGAUCCGGUGAACCUCGUAUCCAGGAUCGAGUCGGUUCUAAAACACUCCCAAGAACCAGCUGAGACGCAGCACCUCAUUCGGCAACAAGUCACCUCCCUGGUUAUUGCGCACAAACCGCGAUUGGUCAACCCGCUAGCGCAGCAGGAUGCCCUCAGGGCGCUGAAGGCGGACAAGAGUAUCGUUAUCCUACUGGCAGACAAAGGGCGAUCGACAGUUAUACUUGACAAAUCCGAGUACCUCCAGAAAGCCAAUGCCUUGCUUGAAGACAGGCAAGCGUAAGUCAAGUGUGAUGGAGACCCCAUGAAGAAGCUGGUGACGCAAAUAAACACGACGCUCACCAUGCUACAAAAUAAUGGCGCGAUGACUAGGGCAGAACGACUGGCCACUAAACCGACUGAUGCUGCCAUGGCAGGGUUCUACGGGCUGUCCAAAAUACACAAAGAUGGUGUCCCACUCCGUCCCAUCGUGUCUUUGCGCGGGACAUCCACAUUCAACCUGGCCAAAUGGAUGUUCCGACGUCCGAACUGCCUCACUUCGGGCACCGAUACGACGGUCCGCUCAUCCGUCCAUUUCCUGGAAAGACUGAAUGGACUGCAAAUUAACACAGACGAGAUCAUGGUGUCGUUCGAUGUAACCUCGCUUUUCACCUCGAUCCCAAAGGAUUUGGCAGUUGAAACUGUCAGCGACCUCCUCGACAACCAAUACACGGAGGCAAACAAUACUCCUAGGCGGGGGCACCUGGUGCAACUGCUUAAAUAUUGCCUCCAGACGUUCUUCACAUUUGAAGGGGCGGUGUACGAGCAAAUCAAAGGUACGCCAUGGGCUCACCACUAUCCGGUUUCAUUGCUGAAGCUAUUCUUCAAAAGUUGGAGACGUUGGUGUUCGCAACGUACAAGCCAAAAUUUUGGGCGCGGUAUGUGGACGACACUUUCGUCGUUCUCAAACGGGAAAUGGUCUCGAAUUUCCACGCGCUACUGAACUCUGUUCUUCCCGAUAUUCAAUUCACCAUGGAGACAGAGAACAACAAUCAGAUCGCGUUUCUAGACGUUCUGGUCCAUCGCAAGGUCAACGGGAGUCUAAAAACGACAGUCUACAGGAAGGCCACUAACACUCUCCAAGUCCUGUUCUACCACAGCAAUCACCCGCUGUGUCACAAACGAAGCUGUGUGCGAUCUCUCUACAAGAGAAUUGACACUCACUGCGGCGAACCGGCCGACAAGGUAGCCGAACUCCACUAUCUACGGCGGAUGUUCACCUCCAACGGUUACUCCCGCAGCUUUAUAGAACGCAGCAGACUGUCCAGGCCAAUCAUAAAGUCAACGGCAAAUCAGCCGAAAGUCUGGCGUGCGCUGCCAUAUAUUGCGAACGUUUCCGAGGCAGUUGCUCGCAUCUUGCAACCAUUGUGUAUCGGCAUCGCCCACAAACCAGAAGCGACAAUAAGACGUCUGGUCAUGAGGCCAAAAACGCCUCUGCCACGAGGCGAAACUGCAAACGUCGUCUAUCGGAUCCCGUGUAGUUCCUGCGAGGCAAACCACGUUGGAGAAACCGGGAAGAGAUUGCAGACCGUAUGGACGAGCACGCAAGAGCGGUACAAAGAAUGGACCAGCUCUCGUUGGUGGCAGAACAUUGUGCAGCUUUUGGUCACGCCUUCGCCUUCCAAGACGCCGAAGUCUUGGGCCAAGGGAACAAUCAAACGGUCAGGGAGACGCUCGAAGCCUGGCACACCACAACUACCUCGAUCAACCGCUGCGUUUGCCGGUUGCCUACCAAGCUCUCCGGGUGAAGUUCAAUAG